AUGCAAGGGGUAACGGAAGGGGGAGCGGCAAUGCCAAUGGAUGUGGGUGCUGUAGAAACAGCGGUGGGCAGCAGGCGCAAGGCGUCGCGUAGGACACGCACCCAAGCUGCGGCGGGAACAGCGUGCCGACGGCCUCCUGGAGGCCUCUCCGACGUCUCUCACGACCGCAUCAACGGCCGACCACCGAGCUUUCGACGGCAACUCGCCGCCGAGUCCUCGAAACCGUCUCCGGCCGGAUCAAAUUUCACCGGGCUCGCGAGAGUAUUGAGAGAGUGGCGGCGUGCACAGAGCACAAGUCGCCAGGCCGGCGUGUGGCGAUGGACUGAGCGGCGAGGCAGGUGCGCGAGACGCGCGGAGGGCGUAGGGGCGGGCCUACCUGACUCACCUGGGCGCUUGCGCCGCGCUUGCUCAGCCUCCGACCGCUCUGCAACUCGCGCCUUAAGCUGA